AUGAUUGUUUGGUCGACAUACCUAAUGGCUGAUUGGGUAGCCACAGUUGCCUUAAGCACCCUUCUCAAGGCGGAAAAGAAAGAUCUGAAUUGUGUCCUGGUUUUGUUUUGGAUGCCAUUCCUGUUGUUGCACCUCGGUGGCCCGGAUACCAUUAGUGCCUACUCCUUAGCAGACAACGACCUCUGGUUACGGUAUUUGCUUGGCCUCAUCAUCCAGGUUGGAGUGGCUGUUUUUGUUUUCAUUAGGUUUGGAACCAAUUGCACUCUCCCUCAUUCUCAUGGAACCAAUUGCAAUACUCACACUUAUACUCAUGGAACCAAUUGCAAUACUCACACUUAUACUUAUCUGGCCAUUCCUAUAUUCGUUACCGGAGUUGUCAAGUAUGUAGAAAGGAUUUGGAUUCUCAGGGCCGCAAGUAGGAAGCAACUUACCAAUUCCAUUUUUCCCACUGCAGAUCAAGCAUCAGGUCAGACUACGGGUCAAUCAACUCCUAGUGAUCUGAAAACACUGGAGGAGUAUUUAUGUAGCAAAAAUGCUGUUGAAGAAGGCAGAUUUAUUUACAAAGCAUUUUGCAUGUUUAAGAUGUCCAUACCACUCUUUCAAGACCUCAAGCUCAAAAUUCCCAAAGAUUUGAGUAAAAUCUUCAUACUAUCCACCGAAUCUGCGGAUGAUGCCUUCAGAGUGGUAGAGGUUGAACUGGGAUUCUUGUAUGAUGUGCUUUACACCAAGAAAACUUCAGGGCCACAACCUAUGGUGGGUAUAAUCCUUCAUAUCAUCUGCUUCUUAUCAAUGUUUACAACACUAAUUGUCUUCUCGAUCGUAGUUGGUAAGAGUAUCCACCCGAAAGUUGACACAGCCAUAACCUACUUGCUGUUUAUUGGAGCAAUCUUACUCAACAUUUACUCGACCAUCUCAAAAGCUUGCUCCAACUGGUCAAUGUUCUGGUUAACCAUUCACGGCGACUGGUUGUCUAAGUUUCUUGGCAAAGGUAUUGUUUCCUGGUACCUACAAAUGAAUCUGGCAAGGAAGAAGCAAGGAAUAGCAUACAUGGCCCAAUACAGUUUGAUGAGCAAUUGUCUCCAGACCAAGGGAUCCAAAUGGAGGAAGAUUGUGAGAAUUUUUGACACUGAAGACAUUUUAGGGAAGCUUGUGCUGACUACUUGGAAAAAAGUGGAGCAUGAUGUGAGGAACUUCAUCUACCUUCAUCUUGUAAGGAAACGAAGCAAAUAUCGUCAUGGCGGGUUUCAAUAUAAGGAUCUCUCAAAUUUAUUGAGCAAGAAAGGAGAUGGAGUGCUUCAAAUGCAUAACCUCUUGGAUAAAUUUUGUUGGAGCAUCAUUGGAUUAGAAUUUGAGCACUGCCUACUUAUAUGGCAUAUAGCUACAGAUGUUCUCUUUUACACUGAUCUUAGAAGAUAUUCUGCUGCAGAGCUUGGUUCACAUUGCACAAUUAGCAAGCAUUUAUCUGAUUAUAUGAUGUACCUCCUCUUGGUGCGUCCGAAUAUGCUUCCUAAAGGGAUCGGCGAACUGAGGAUCAAAGAAACUCAAAAUGAGGUGAUGUGUUUUGAAAAUAUUGUAUCAUUAAGUAGAAGUGAAGUCGCAAAUUAUUUGCUUGAUCGCGACUUUACAUUAGAAAUUUCGUCGCCUCAGAGUCCUUACAAGUCCAAAUCAGUGAUAGCUGAAGGGUGUCAGUUGGCGGCGACGUUGCGCUCAUUGGUUGAGGAGUCGCUGUGGGAUCACAGUGAAAAAUGGGAGUUCAUAGCUGAUGUGUGGAUGGAGAUAAUGGCAUUUGCUGCUAGCAGAUGUGAAUGGAGAGAGCAUAAAACACAGCUCAGGCAUGGUGGGGAAUUGCUCACUCACGUAGCCCUCCUCAUGGCGCAUUUUGGCUUGACUGAACGUGUCGAAAUAAGGGACUUGACUGAAGAAGAAAAAUCCAAGUUACAUCAAUUUGAUACUACCCGUCUUGGCUGGGAUUGGAAUCGAUUUUCUCACUUGCCUUAUUACUUAGCAUAAAUUCUUAAUUUGUCAGGGAUACAAUAAGUUACCGUGAAGUUUGUGGAUAUGCUUUGAACAUGUGAUUGUGUGAACAUUGGUACUCUCCUUAAUAAAGUUGUUUGUGUCGA